UUUUUAUUAGUUAAAAAAAAAAGCGAUUCAACCACGACGACGUCGGCAUUUACCUCCCAAGAAUCUCCCGGAAAGCUAUUACAGAAAAAAUCGGUAUUUGUAUGUUUUAAAAGUUAAUUUAAAAGCUGCCAAAAUGAAGCAGUUAUUGUUCGUUUUUGUAUUGGCGUUUGCUCUCAUUGGUGCAGCCAAAGCAGAUUUGGAUGCUGAAGACACACCUGCAGUAGAAAUUGAUUUGGGAGCAAGCCGAGAGGCUUCUAGGACAGACGAUGAAGUUGUCCAACGUGAAGAGGAAGCGAUCAAACUAGACGGUUUAAAUGUGGCCCAACUAAAAGAGCUGCGAGACAAAGCGGAAAAAUUCGCCUUCCAAACGGAAGUCAACCGUAUGAUGAAACUCAUCAUCAACUCCUUGUACAGAAACAAAGAGAUUUUCUUAAGGGAAUUAAUAUCAAACGCCUCUGAUGCCCUUGACAAAAUUCGCUUGCUCUCUCUAACAGAUAAAUCAGUAUUAGAUUCAACAUCUGAGCUAAAUAUCAAGAUAAAAGCAGAUAAAGACACUGGAAUGCUUCACAUAACCGAUACCGGCAUUGGCAUGACUAAACAGGAUCUGAUGAACAAUUUGGGAACCAUAGCAAAGUCCGGUACAGCCGAAUUUUUGGGUAAAAUGCAAAGUGCAGAAUCCACUCAGGAGCUGAACGACAUGAUCGGACAGUUUGGUGUCGGUUUCUAUUCAGCUUUCUUGGUUGCCGAUAAAGUUGUUGUAACAACAAAGCAUAAUGACGAUAAACAGUACAUUUGGGAGUCCGAUUCUGGCAGCUACAGCAUUGUUGAAGACCCUAGAGGAGACAACCUGAAGAGAGGAACCACCGUCAGUCUAUUGCUAAAACCUGAAGCCAAAGACUUCUUGGAACAUGAAACCAUUAAGAACUUAGUGAGGAAAUACUCUCAGUUCAUCAACUUCCCUAUUCACUUAUGGACCAGCCAUACUGAAACUGUUGAGGAGCCAGUAGAGGAGGAACCUGCUGAAGAAUCCACUCCGGCCCCAGUAGAAGACGAGGAAGAUGCCGCGAUUGAAGAAGAAAAAGAGGAGAAACCAAAAACUAAGAAAGUAACCAAAACUGUUUGGGACUGGGAACUUUUGAAUGACAGCAAACCAAUCUGGACCAGGAAACCUUCAGAAGUUGAAGACAAAGAGUACACGGAAUUCUAUAAAGCACUUACGAAAGACGACAAAGAUCCAUUGACCAAAAUUCACUUUGUUGCCGAAGGAGAAGUGACCUUUAAAGCCUUAUUGUUUGUACCAAAAGUACAACCUUCCGAAAGUUUCAACAGAUACGGCACCAAGACCGAUAACAUCAAACUUUACGUGAGAAGAGUUUUCAUUACAGACGAAUUUAACGAUAUGAUGCCGUCAUUUUUAAGCUUCAUCAGGGGUGUCGUAGACUCCGAUGAUCUACCGCUGAACGUUUCUCGGGAAACUCUACAGCAGCACAAACUGAUUAAGGUCAUCAAAAAGAAGUUGGUCAGAAAAGUCUUGGACAUGCUCAAGAAACUCCCUGCUGAAGAAUACGAGCAAUUCUGGAAAGAGUUCUCCACCAACAUUAAGCUGGGAAUCAUCGAAGACCCCGCCAACAGGACCAGAUUGGCCAAACUGCUCAUGUUCUUGUCUUCCAACAGUGACAAACAAACCAGCCUAGCGGACUACGUUAGUCGCAUGAAGCCAAAACAAGACAAAAUCUUUUAUAUUGCCGGAUCUUCGAAGGAAGAAGUUCAAAAGUCUCCAUUUGUUGAGCGACUCUUGCGCAAAGGUUAUGAAGUAUUAUACCUCACCGAAGCCGUGGACGAAUACGCCAUCUCAGCCAUUCCGGAAUUCGAAGGCAAAAAGUUCCAAAACGUUGCCAAAGAAGGUUUUAGCCUCACAGAAGCUGAGGGUGGAAAGGAACGAUUGGAACAACUACAAAAAUCUUACGAACCUUUAACCAAAUGGCUCGCGGAAGAAGGUUUAAAAGAGCAUAUUGCCAAAGCCACCGUUUCCGAAAGACUGAGCGACUCCCCAUGCGCUUUGGUCGCCAGCAUGUUCGGCUGGACCGGAAAUAUGGAAAGACUAGCGGUAUCUAACGCGCAUCAAAAAGCGGACGACCCGCAACGUUCCUACUAUCUAAGCCAAAAGAAAACUUUGGAAAUUAACCCCAGACACCCGCUCAUCAAGGAAUUAUUAAAACGAGUCAGCGACGACCCUUCAGACCCUAACGCCAAAGAUAUGGCUCUGAUGUUGUUCAGAACCGCCACGUUACGAUCGGGUUAUAUGCUUAGGGAAACGGCAGAUUUCGCAAAAUCGAUAGAAGUGAUGAUGCGGAAGACUUUGGGGGUCCCUCUGGACGAACAGGUCGAGGAAGAAGAUGACGUGGACGUCCCAGAAGAUAAUAUUCCAGAGGAAUCAACUGAUAAAGAUGAAGAGCAUGAUGAGCUAUAGGAUAGUCAAGUGUGAGUGUAAUUUAUUCUGUUGUCUGGAACAACUCUAAAGACUGUUAUUAUUAUUUUUUUUUGUAAUAAAGAAUAGUGGGUAAAA